ACGAUCGCGGCUCUUCCUCGAGUUCGAGAUCCGCCCUGGUUCUUCCCUGUUCUUCGUGGCGUUGAGCUCUCUGUCUCCUCAGGCCUUGUGGGCCUGGGGUGGAGCCUUAGCGGAUCUGGUGGACUAGCGGGAAUAAUUUUAAAAUGACCACACCGAACAAGACACCUCCUGGUGCUGAUCCUAAACAGUUGGAAAGGACGGCGACAGUGAGGGAAAUUGGGUCCCAAGCUGUUUGGUCACUCUCAUCGUGCAAACCAGGGUUUGGUGUGGACCAAUUACGAGAUGACAAUCUAGAAACUUACUGGCAAUCUGAUGGCUCUCAGCCUCAUUUAGUGAACAUACAAUUCAGAAGAAAAACAACAGUGAAGACAUUGUGUAUUUAUGCAGACUAUAAAUCUGAUGAAAGCUACACUCCAAGCAAAAUCUCAGUCAGAGUAGGAAAUCAUUUUCACAACCUUCAAGAAAUUCGGCAACUUGAAUUGGUGGAACCAAGUGGCUGGAUUCACGUUCCUUUAACUGACAAUCAUAAGAAGCCAACUCGCACGUUCAUGAUACAGAUCGCUGUUCUAGCCAAUCACCAAAACGGAAGAGACACCCACAUGAGACAGAUUAAGAUAUACACACCAGUGGAAGAGAGCUCUAUUGGAAAGUUCCCUAGAUGCACAACCAUCGAUUUUAUGAUGUAUCGUUCAAUACGGUGACUUGAAAAUGGGACAGAAGUAAAAUAGACAUUUGUUUUAUCCUGUCAUUGAAUAUUGUAUCAAGUAUCUUUAGUGGUAAAGCAUGUUAUUUCACAAUUUUAUAUACAUUUAAAACACUUUAACUUAGAUAAAUAAUUUUUGGUAAUGCCUGUUUAUUGUUUUAUACAAUAAAGUUCAUAUUUUAUAUUACUAAAAGUGAAUUUGAAGCCAAUCUUUACAUUUUUCUUUACAUUAAAAGGAAAUUAGUUAAACUGAAAAUUUCAAGAUGUACAUAAUUUUUUACUAGCAUAUGUUUAUUUUAUAUAAUGCUUGUUGGGUAUUUAGGAACAAAACUCUGUUAUUCUAGUGUACCUGUAAUUUUUAAUAAUAUAAGAUUUAAUUUUUUGUAGGGGAAAUUUAAUUUUUUUAAAUGUGUGAUCCUUUUUAGGCGUACUAUCACAAUAAACUGGCAUUAGAUGUCUGUUAUGAACCAGUCUGUUGAGGUCUUUUGAUCCUUGCCUGUAAUAUAGCAUUCUGGAGGCUGAGACAGAGGGAUUGUGAGUUUCAGUUUAGCGUGGCCUAUACAGUGAAAGCCUGUCUUAAAGGGACUAGAGCUUUAGCAGGGGAGAAGCCAGUGAUUUCGAGGAUGUAAUUGUCCUACUUUCUUUCUUCCAUCAUGUUAGAAAUUGCCAUUUAAUUUGCAGUUUAUCUCAGUCCAUGUAAAGAACUUAUAUGAAAAACUUCCAGUUGUGUCUGACAUUGUAACAUCUCCCACAGAUAUUUCCUAUGAGAAUUUAAGAAGAAAUAGCUUUUUUUUUUCCUGUAGAACAUGGCAUAAACAGUGCAUGUUGACUGGUUCAUAACGUGGUAUGCCCUGUAUCUGAAUUAGUCCCAGGACUGCCCUUCAAUUCACUUUUGUUUUAGAAAUGUUGUUUGUUCAUUGUUGGGUAUAUGUAAGUCUAAACCCAGAAUGUUUAAAAUAAUAGUGUGUUCGCUUUGCUUUAUUCUGGUAGCAAGUACUGUUUACUAGGUUACUACUGAAAAUAUGGCUUCACUUCCUUUUUGAACUAAAAGUUUUUUGUUUGUUGUUUUAUUCCCUUGGAAGUAAAAAGCAUGCUAGACAUCUAGUAUAAGGUAGGUAAAAUUCUGUGGCCAAGUUUAGUAAAGAUAUGGGUGUGGGAUGCUGGAGACUACAGGAAAAUGUAUGGAGGACUGAAGGAGAGAAGGGACCAAAGAAAUGAGAAUGGAAGUAUAUAGCAGGCAAGGGUGUUACAGUCACAGUCACAUACAUUGCAGGGAUUAAUUCCAGGGCAGAAAAUACGAGCUUCAGAGACACAGAAGGCUGUAGAAGUAAUAAUGUCACUGCUUACCGGCUGCCUAAGGACUAAUUCUGUGCAUUACCCACUAGUAGUUUGCUAAGGCAUUCCUUAAUGAAGAGGAACUGAAAAGAAUGUCAGCAAAGUCCGUGAUUUCCUCCUAUAUUCUAUUUUCCUUUUUUAAAAAAAAAAGGCUCAACCCAAAUUUGCCAUGUAGCCGAGGAUGCCCUUGAUUGAUCCUUCUGCCUCUACCUGCAGCUGCUGGGAUCACAGACUGUGACACAUGCCCAACUUUAUGUGGUACUGGGGAGGGAAACUAGGUAUUCAUGCAUACUAAGCAGACAUUCUGCCAAUCCCAUUUACCUAUUUGUCAUAUUUUAUCAGGCUUAAUAAGCAUGGGAAAUUUGAUAGCUGUGGAUUAUAGAUAAUGGAUUCCUAUAGCAGAACAAUAGUUUGGAAUACAGAUAAUGAUUAUUAUAUUGCCAUAGCCUAAUUGUCAAAGCACUUUCCCACGAUCUCAGCCUUGUUCAGAGAAGCAUCUAUUAGUAGUGGGUAGAGAGGGCAAUGCAGAGAUCCAUAGCUUGUUACUGCUUGGGCCAAAUGUCUGCUGAAGGCACUGCCCUAAAUAGAACACCUGUCUCACUGCACCCGUCCAGUUCAGGGAAUAGCAAGGAAGAGGAACAGAAGGAAGGUAAGAGCUGAAAGAUGGCAAUCAGUUCUGUAAUGUGCAGACUUCUGUACUUGAUGUUGAGGGUGCUGUCACAAACUCACGGCAGCAGUGGCCACCUGCACAGACUCCACCCAUCAGCAUUCCAUCCCUGGGAAGGGCACAUAAGGCCCAUUUCUCCCAGAGGGACUACAGACCAAUGAAGGCUGCAGUAACCCUUCAAGAGAGGCCCUCAUCAUGCUCCUACAGGCAGUCCUAAUUACACGCAAUGGGUCACCUAAAAUGUGACAAAAGAAAGGGGACUUGAGAAGCGUUUGGUGGAUGGGGAAUGAGAUAAGGGGAAAUAAUGAGAGGGACACUAAUCAAAGGGGGGAGAGAAAGAGAGAUUUUAAAAGAAUAAUUUUAAAACUCAUUUUGGUGUGUUCUGGGAUUAAGCACAGGGUCCUAUGUAUGGUAGGACCUCUGAGUUUCUGCCUCUGAGUUAUAUCACCCAGUCCACACUUUUAAAAAUGGAGAUUUGUAAUCUCAUUACUUUGGAAGCUGAGAUGAGAGUUAGGCGUUUCAGGCCCCCUUGUGCUAAACAGACAUUGUCUAAAAACAAAAGCAAAGCCUAAACAUUUUCUGAAGAUGUAUCUCAAUGGUAGAACACGCCUGGCAUGCACAGGGUUGUGUGCAUAAAAGUGUACAUUAUAUAGUUAAUGAAGAUUUAUAUCUAGAAUACAUACUUUUAAAAGCUCUUAAAACACAACAGGAAGAAAGAAAUGCAAUUUAAAAUGAGCAAAAGAUUUCAUUGUUGUUCACCAAGGAAAGCUGUACCAGCCAUUCUGUUCCCACGCACUAAUACUUUCCCCUGGGAAUUAAAGUGUGGUUGUGAAGAGUCA